GGCCAGGCGGGGUGGAGAACGCCCGCCCCCCGCGGGGCCGCCAGGGGAACAUCUGGGCGGCCGCGCUGCAAACAUCUGGAGCGGCCGCGGCGCAUCCCCCGGCGGCCGCAGCUGGAGGGUCCGGCCCCCGGUGCUGCCCGGGCCGGCAGCGAGACCCCCGGAGGAGGGGGAAGGAAGGCGGAGAAGAGACUGCGAGGGAGGGCGCGGCACAGGUAUUGCCUAGCAAAAAACCAUGGGCAAUUUCAAAGGGCAUGCCCUCCCUGGAAGCUUUUUCCUUCUUUUUGGUUUAUGGUGGUCAGUGAAGUAUCCACUGAAGUACGCCUGUCGAAAAAACAAGAGCACUUGCUACCUUGGCUCCAGGGCAGGAUUCCAGCGCCUGGAGUUUGUUGAGGGCAUCGUCAAAGCUAUCUUUGCCCUCAUUGGAAUGGUGGCUGAGCAGUUUGUUCCUGAUGGACCUCAUCUGAAGCUGUACAACUAUGAGAAGAAGCACUGGGAUCACUUGAUGAACUGGCAACAUGCCACCAUGUACCUCUUCUAUGGCAUUUCAGGGCUGGUGGACAUCGUGGCGCAUGGGACCAAUGCGCUGCCAGCGGCCAUGGACAGGAUGAUGCUUUCCUUAGCAGUCUUUAUUGAAGGUUUUCUCUUCUGCUACCAUCUCCAUGGGAGAACCAUGCUGGAUGUUCAUGUUCAUCAGUUACUGCUAUUUGCUAUCUUUGGAGCUGCUGCCUGCAUAUUUCUGGAAGUUUUCUUCCGUGGCAGUAUUGUGCUAGAGAUGCUCCGUACAAGCCUCUGCAUAUUACAAGGCAGCUGGUUCUGGCAGAUUGGCUUUGUGCUUUAUCCUCCAAAUGGGAGCCCAGAGUGGAAUCAGACGGAUCAUACUAACAUGAUGUUCCUGACUAUGUGCUAUUGCUGGCAUUACGCCUUUGCUUUUCUUAUACUUGCGGUGAAUUACACAAUUGUCAGCUGGGCAGUUCGCUCGAAGGUUAAACAGUCCCAGUCCAUGGAAAUGGGUUUACUGAAAACAUCUGAACGGGAUCAUGAGUCAGAAGAAGAAAUUUAGUAUGAGUAUGGCUUGACCAGUUUGCCCACUCCAACCAUUAGGCUAAUUGAUACCUCAUUUCUCUAUUUCUUUGCCAUCUUAUUAAUUCUUUGCUACAACUUGCUUUGCAAAUAUCAAUCCCCUCUGAUGUCUACAUCUACACAGUCAUACUUUUUUUGUGGAGGGUAAGCUUGAUCUUGAUUCAUGGUGGUUGCACUGGUACCUUGCUUAUCACACACUUCCCAGAAAAUCAGGCUAGUAUUAGACAGACUUGGAGUGGAUGAGGUGGCACAAUGAAAUCUGUAUGUUUGCCUUAUUAAAAGCUAAGCAAAAUGUUUUUCAGCUGCUGCUGGACAUAAAGUUUCCAUAAUUAGGGUGUCUAAAUACGCGUGUUUGUUGCCCCGCAAGUACCUGUGGAUAAAUAACUGUGCAGACCUAGAAAACAGUAGAACAAGAUAAGGAACCACAGUCUUGCAGCUGUCUUAUGUAACAGCUUUGUGUCUCUGCUUGUGGCUUUGUGUUAAACAGAAGGAACUUCUCACUGUGAACCCACUGAGUGGUUCACUGAAGCGUGUGAAGAGUUCACCCCCUCAGAGGUACCACCAAGGCUGGCAGGAGGACCAAAGAUGUGUAUGUUGAUCAAAAACCAGUGCAGUUGUUCAUUUUCAGGCCUACACAGUCCUGUGUCUUUGCUACCCUUUGACUCUGCCUUCCCUUGGUGCCUGGAACAAUUUCUUUUCCAGAAAGGCUGAGGGUGUCCAAUCAGGCAGCACCUAACUGCAAAACCAUCUUCUUUCCCAAAGCGAUUUCCUUACCUUUGGUGGAAUUUGGUGGUUUUCUGCAGGAUUCAUAGCAGACACAUGACCCACCACCUGAGUCAGGCGUGGGUAAUUCUGCUCUGUGGGCAGGAUUGAGAUGGUUUUGCAUCUCUUUCCCUGUGUCACCCUUUCAGUCACCAGGCAGCCUGCACAGUGCUGCACAGUGAGCUGUGGGAGGGCAGAUGUUGCCUUCAUGGUAGCUCCAUACCCAGCUAACAACAUCAGCGAGGGAAUUAAAAAAUAAUACUGCUUUUAAUUGCAUUUAUUUUCUCCAUCCAAACUGAUCUAGUGAAAAGCACAGUGUUCAUGACUAAUGGCAGCAAACUGAUUGCUUAUAAAAACUAGUUUGUACCUCAAAGAGAUCCCAAGACCCAAAAAACCCUUAAAGGCUUUUUCUAAAACUACUUUACCUUUAAUGCAACAUAAACAUUUGUUUCUCUUUUAAGAUCUACCUUUUAUCUCCCAUAUUUCAAGGAGCACCUUUCUCAGCUGCACAUGCUGUUGAUGCUGAAUUUUAGUCUGUCAGUUUUGACAGUGCCUUUCCAAAAUCAGUGGUGUUGUUUAUUCUGAAGGAUAUAAUCAGAAAUUACUUUGCUUCUUACAGGCAGGAACAGUGCAAAUUUCUUCACUGCUUUUCUUGAUAAAUAUAUUUAAUACCAUGCAGAUAUUAAGGUGCUGUAUCUCUAAACUAAAGGGAUAACCUAAACAGGAUGAAAAGCACAAUAAACUGGCUGAGCUUUCGUGUGUCUUCUUAGAAGACUUCAGUUGCUAAUUUUAAAAAUUAUUUUAGACAUUUUAGAUGAUUGAUUGGAACAUUUGGGCAAAAUGUUCCAGAGAAGUUGCUUAAAUAAAGUAUUGUGAAGUAACACCUGUAACCAGCUGUCAGAUUAUCUAGAUGAAUCUUCUUUGGAAAGCAAGAGUUGUUGGCUCACAUACAUUUCUACAUUUACAAAUGGCAAAAAGGAAAUUGCACAUUGCUAGCCUAAGAUCACUGCUUUUCUUAGCAAUUGUUGGCCCUUUUUCAAUGCCUUUCUCUGAAAAGUCUUGGAGAUUUUGGCAGACUUUAGUAAAGCCUGUCUGGGACAUUCUUGCAGGAGAGGUAUUGGUAUGGUAUAUUUGUAGCUCUGUGUCUCAGCUUUACAGUGGUCUUACUAUAAACUCUGAAAUAAUUGUAUUUCCUCCAUUCUGCAAAUCUAAGACUUGAGUUUAACUACUGUGGUUCCAUUAAAAUCAGAUUUUCUGUAGAAGGAAGAUCCAUGGCUUCCCUGAGGAGCCUGCCUGUUAAUUGAAGCAGAGAUACAUUUGCCAAAUGUAUACCUGUUACGGUCUUACCUUCAUUGCACCACAUCACUGUCAUCUCGAAAUUGUGGGGAUUUUUUUUAAAGGGCAGACUCUUUUUCCUGUUAGAAUGGUUGGGCUACAAAGCUUCUGCAGUGCUGGGCAGAGAGGACGAUGGUUAUGCAUCAAAGAGAACUUGGGGAUUACUACAAAUGUCUGUCACAGUAAGCCAAAAUCAGCUGAUGAAGUGAACCUCAUGGGUGAGCUGUGCAUGUAGAAGGUGCUUAGCAAAAUCUCCUUUGAAAAAAACUCCCUGCUUUUACAGAAGCAAAAAGUGACAGUACUUGAACUCAUUGGCCAGAGAGUGUCUGCCUAACACAGUUCCUCCCGUGCCGCCCUCUGCCUGGGGACUCUGGCUCUGUCCUUACCUGCAUCCAGCAGUGGCUGCAGAGCUGGGUGUUUUCUUUGGAGAAAACCUGAGCAGGAUUUGGCCUGCUGAGAGUUAUCACCUGCAGCUCCCUCUGUGCCCCUGCUGUGAAUCUCCUGUAAAUGCUCACACAACUGGAUGAAUAAGCCCGUCACACACGUCUGCUGGUUUUGGUACAACCAUGCUUUGCAAAGAUGCCUCUAAAGAAGACCAAACUGGAGGCUGAUGCAGACUGGGACACAGAACUGUAGGGCAGGCUUUGUGCAAGAAGCUCUCUCCUCACACCAGAAAAGGUGGCAUUGCAUUAUCAAACUUGAAGAAAUGCAAGGAAAAACAGAUCCUGAAGUCUCAAAGAAACAUUCUUUUAAUUUUCAAUACUUACAGUACAUGCAAAGUGAGUGUCAUAGUGGGGGUUUGUGCCUGAGAAAUUUGUGGUGCCACAAAGGAAGGAAACACCGUUUCAGAGUGGGGUUUUGCUACAUGGAACACCUGACCUGUUCUCCUGUGUUCAAAAGAGGUGUCCAGGAAGAGUAGGGCAUCUAUUACAAUGAAAAAGGUACAGCCUUCAUCAUUUCACAAGCAACAGGUAUUGACUGAGUUGAAUGAGGGGAGGGAAGUCUGACAAGUUUACAAACACCACUCAGAAAAAGGAAGCUGCUCUCAAGAAAAUUUAAAUUAUUUUAAAAUAUUGGUGCCUUUGAAAAACUAUAUGAUAGUUUAUACUAGAAAAAAUACACCUGUAAUUUUAUUUAAAUAAAAUUGAUUUAUUCAUGUAA